AACAAAACAAAUUGCUUAACACAGUAAAGAAGAAUGGACGAAGUUGUCUGUUGUUUCUGAAUGUUACCUUAAACGUUAGCUGAUUAUAGAAGAUCUGACCAUGAUUAAAACCGAGAAGAUAUUACAUUUGCACAGUUCAAAGGGUAGGAAGAUCCGCGUGGUCCGGGAGCAUUAUAUGAGGGAGCAGGUGCCGUGCGGGAGCUCUCUCUGUCAGGCUGACUGUCAGAACGUUGGCAAAGUGCUGUCUAGAGAUGUGACCCACUAUGUGGUACCUGAUGUCGGAGUGGUUCGGGAUUUCCUGGAGAUCCUGGAGUUCAUGGAGCUUCAGGGAAUCGUGUUGACCCAGACAGCUUACCAAACUGUUCAGCACACCCGUGGACGCAGGCAUUAUAACCGACUGCGUUCUUUACUGAAGGAUCCUCGUCACGAUUGUGUGCUUUUUGCCAAUGAGUUUCAGCAAUACUCCUACUGCCCCAGAGAAAAGGGUGAGUCUCAGGACAAAUGGCACACAAGAAAUGUGUACAAUGCAGCAGUUUGGUAUUAUAAUCAUCUUGCUGGACUCCAACCAGUGGUCAUGAUUACUGAAGACAGAGACGCUAUUUCAGAAUUUAGUGCUUCAAACAGCGGAGUUUUUGUCAUUUCAACUCAGGAGUACUUGUUAAGUUUCUGGCCGGACCUGCAGGCCGCACAUGAUCUGUACCACUCCAUUGCCCAGACGCUUCAGGAGAGAGAGAGUGAAGGAGCAGAGAAAGUGUACACUGAACACCUGCCUGCGGAGGUGCUGGAGGCUGGCAUAAAAUCUGGAAGGUACAUCCAGGGGAUCCUCAGUGUGAACAAACAUCGAGCGCAGCAUGAAGCCUUUGUCCGGUAUGAGGGAUCAGCCAGCAAAAACACAGAGCUCAACAGUGAUGUGCUGAUCAAUGGUGCAAAGCAUCGUAAUCGAGCGGUGCAUGGAGAUGUGGUUGUUACUGAGCUGUUGCCCCGUAAUGAGUGGAAGGGCAGGACUAUGGCACUAACAGAGGGUCAGGGGGAGGAGCGGCCACUGGAGGACACACAGAGUCAGCCUAUGCCCACAGGCCGGGUGGUGGGAAUUCUGCAGAGGAACUGGAGAGACUAUGUGGUGACUUUUCCUCCUUUUGAGGAGAUGCAGUCUCAAAGCCGAAAUUCACAGAAAAUUCUGGUUGUUCCAUGGGACUACCGAAUCCCCAAAAUCCGUAUCAGCACACAGCAGGCUGAGGCGCUGCAGGACCAAAGAGUGAUUGUGCGUCUGGAUUCAUGGGAAAGUACUUCAGUCUACCCAAAUGGUCACUUUGUGAGGGUUCUGGGGAAAUCAGGCGAGCUGGAGACUGAGAUUCAGACCAUCCUGGUGGAAAACUGCAUCCACGUGCCACCAUUCUCAGAGGCACAGCUGCGAGAGAUGCCAGUUAACACAGAGGAGAACCCAUGGCAGAUGGACAGCAAGGAGGUUUCCUCUCGCCGGGAUUUAAGAGACUCUCACUUGGUGUUCAGUAUUGAUCCUAAAGGCUGUGAGGAUGUGGAUGACACCUUGUCUGUGCGGACUCUGCCUGGGGGAAAACGGUUAGAGCUUGGUGUCCACAUUGCUGAUGUCACUCACUUUGUCAAAGAGGGCUCUCUAACUGACCUGGAGGCACGGUCCAGGGCAACCACUUACUACCUGGCCGAUCGCAGAUAUGACAUGCUGCCUGCGGUGCUGAGUGCUGACCUGUGCUCUCUGCUUGGAGGAGUGGACCGAUAUGCCAUGAGUGUGCUGUGGGAGCUGGAUGCAGAGACUCUGGAUGUGUGUUCAGUCUGGUUUGGCCGUACUCUUAUCCGCUCCUCAUAUCAGCUUCACUAUGAGCUGGCCCAGAGCCUGCUGAAUGGGGAAGAGGUUGAGGUACAUGAGCUAAACCCACUCAAGGGCUCACAGAGGGACCUGAAAAUGUCAGAGCUCCUGCAGGCCCUGCAGACCCUUACGAGGGUAGCAAGGCACCUCCGGGCACAGAGGGAUAAGGGUGGUGCUUUGGAGUUAGAGGGGGUAGAAGUACGGGCUCAGUUGGACGAGGAGAAGAACAUCACAGCCCUCGUGCCCACGCCUCUGGAGGUUCACGAGACUGUGGCAGAGUGCAUGAUCUAUGCCAACCACUGGGUGGCACGCAAGAUACAAGAGAGCUUUCCACAUCACGCUCUUCUGCGUCAUCAUCCACCACCCAAGCAGGAGUUCUUCAAUCACCUGAUUGACAGCGCCAAGGCUCAUGGCUUCAGCAUUGAUACAAGAUCAAACAGGGCUCUGGCUGAUUCUUUGGAACGUGCUGUGGAUCCUCGGGAUCCCCUGGUGAACAGGUUGUUGAGGAUGAUGGCCACCCAGGCAAUGUCUAAUGCCCUUUAUUUCUCUACGGGAUCCUGUCCAGAGGAGCAGUACUAUCACUAUGGUCUUGCUCUGGCUCGAUACACUCACUUCACCUCUCCAAUCAGACGCUACGCAGAUGUAAUAGUUCACCGGCUGCUCAUGGCUGCCGUUCAGCUGGAGAAAGAAGAUUCACCAUGCAAAGCCUUGGCCAGUAACAAAGAGCUUGAGGAGCUGGCUCAACACAUCAACAACAAAAACAGAGCAGCGCAGCAUUCACAGAAGCAGUCCACAGAGCUUUUCCAGUGCAUGUACUUCAGAGAUAAAGACUCGCACACAGAUGAGCGCUGCGUGGCAGAUGCUGUCAUCUAUGCUGUCAGAGCUAACGGCUUUCUUGCCUUCGUGCCACAGUAUGGUUUGAAGGGAGCUGUGUACCUCAAGGACAGAGAGGGUCAGGUGGUCAGUGUUGAUGGAGAUGGAAAGUGUGAGUGGAAGCCUGGGACAUUGCAGAAAUACCCUGACAAGAUCAUCACCAGCACCAGUACUGGAACUCAUACCUUUUACCUGUUUAACCAUGUUACAGUUCGUAUCUCUGUUGAACCCUCCCGUUGCCAUGCCGACAGCCUAAAUCUGGAGCUUAUCAGCAACAAGCCCCACUGCGCUGUGCAACCCGAGUCUCAGCCAGCUGGCGGAGGACGGUCUGGGCUGGUUGAAGAGGUGGUGCGCUGGGCAGAAGAGGCCUCGCUUCAGGCGGAGGAGCAGAGAGGGAGGAAACCCAAACUGAGCAAAGAGGAGAAGCAGUUCAGACAGAGUAAAACACCUAACCUCUAUGUCCUGUUACAGGAGAUCAGUGAACUCGCUCUGUUGGAUCUGUCUGCCUGCCAAAUCGCUAAUACAGAGGAACAGACUUGCACUGUGUCUUCUUAGACUAUGCUGCUGCUGCUUCUAUUGUUGACUGGACAGAAUAUUUUGCACUGAGAGCUUUAGGGGUGGUUUGGUCAUAUUUGGUAGAUUUAGACCUGGCAGAGAGUUGCAUUGACAUGUAUAGGGAUGAACUAGAAAACAUGAAGGACUAAUUAAUCCUGGCUCCUUGGUGUACUUGAUUAUAUAUUUUUUGGUCUUCUCAAUUGCAUUUGAUAAGAUACUCAGAAUAAAUCAUAUGAUUGCAGAUUGUAUGGUUUAGGCCCAUUUUUAUAAUUUUUUUUUUUUGCAUUAAAUUGUCACCAAAACAUAAAUAAAAUACAACAAUCAUGUUUAAAAGAAUUCUGGGAAUAACCUACAGUAUUUUCUGGUUCAAGAAGUGUAGUUUUCCACAACGUUUAACAUGUUAAAGCUUUCAAAUUCAUUCUUGUAAAAUAAAAAAUACAUUAGAAUUUUUAUUUUCACUAAGAUUUUUAGUUAAUUUCUUAUUGCGUUACAAAGAAAAAAAAUUAUUGUGGGCCGUUGAAGAUUUUACUGAAAAAUCCAUUGUGUAUGAUGUGCACCGACCAAUAUUUUGAGCACAUUUCUUAUUUUAAAUAAUCUUGUCUUCUGCCAGUGAGGUUUUUAUGCUAGAUUUCUGUGUUUGUACUUCUCUGAAUGUCUGGCAAAGCACAAACUCAAUAGUGUUUGUCUGUUGCACCUGAUUUAAUUGAAAAGUGCAGCGUUCUGGUUUUAAAAGUUGUGUAGUACAGCCUAAAUCACACUCCAAAUUAUACAACUACAUAAAUGGCAUUAUACAAAAAGGUUUGCUACAUAAUCUUUAUUCAGAAAAUGAGAAAGAUAAACAUACUGUAACUGACAAUAGUCAACAAUGUGAUCACAGACUGAUUUAAUUUUCUUUAAAAAUGUAAAGGCCAACUUCAAAAGCUCUCUUUGUUCUGCAUUGUAUGCUAACAUUAUGACAAACUCCAGCCGAUAACAAAUAAAAGGGCUGCUUAUUACAAUCCAUGAGAACCUGAGGAACAGACGAUGGAAUAUGUUGUGAAAAUGAGUGAAUAUUUCCAAAAAAAUCCUCACAGAGGAUAAAAAAACAACAUGACAAAAUACAAGCUGAACCAGAUUUCUGUGUAAAACUGAUUAGAGGUGAUCAAGCCUCAGACUGGCAUUAUAAAAGGAGCUGCAGAAGAUGUUUGGCAUAUGACUGGGAAGAUUUUAUGAGGUUAAAUAUGU